GAGAAAGUGUGUGCGGGUUGUGGAGAGGUGGCAUGAUGUGGCAUGAUGGUGUGCUCUUGCUCUGGUUGCUUUGCUGGUGUCUGUUGCGGUGUUUUGUUGAUCGCAGCUAUACUGCUGAUCGAAGGUCGAAUGGUGUAUGAUAGGACGGCACUCACACUCACACUCGCCUGCCUCAUUCUCUCUGUGUUUGUGUGGUGGUGUUUGUUUCUCCCGUGUGUGUUUGUGUUGCCAGUCUGAUCAACAAAGCGAGUGACCAACCCGACGAGGACGACGACGAUGCUGGGGCGUGUGCUCAUCGUCGCUGCGCUGCUCUGCAUCGUGGGGCGUGCUGCCAUCACAACAGCUGCCUUCCAAGAUGAGGAAAGGAUGUUCGAUGGCCCGCCAUCCUACGAACUGUUCAACUACAACCCUGUCGCAAACGCAUCCGCCACCGUCAUUGCCGGCGAUGCUCGCUUCACGGUGCUGACGGAUCGCCUUGUGCGUAUGGAGUACGCGGGCAACGCCGCGGACCCGCGCUCGGCAACGCAGUACGAGGACCGGCCCACGCUCGCCUUCCUCAACCGCAACCUUCCCGUGCCCGCAUUCACCCACUCCAUCUCCAACGGCGUGCUCACCAUCGCCACAAAGGCACUCAACAUCACGUAUGUUGUUGGAAAGCCUUUCAACUCCAACACCCUCUUUGUCACCUCAACCAACGCCAGCAGCUCGUUCAAGUCGUGGCGGUACGGUGACCGCAAUGACGGGAACCUUCUGGGAACCAUCAAGUCCCUGGAUGAGCUCGGCGCUGAAACGCUCAACUGCACACAGAACGCCGACAAGCGCGUGCACGACGAGUCGCUGCACUGCGAGUGGGGCGUUGUCUCGCGCGAUGGCUGGGCCGUUGUCAACGACACCGACAACUGGGCGCUGACGAAGGGCGCGGAGUGGUGGGAUUCCGUCAACGGCGAUGCGGAGGAUUUGUACUUUUUCGGCCACGGCAGCGACUACACGGGCGCCCUCGCAGACUUUAUCAAGAUUGGAGGCCGCAUUCCGAUGGUGCCGCGGUAUGCGACCGGUGUCUGGUUCACGCGCUGGUACGACCUCAACAACGUCGACGUCAGGAAAUACAUCCAGGACUACUCUGACCGCGGGUUCCCACUGGACGUCUUUGUCCUCGACAUGAACUGGCACACCAAGUACCACUGGGGCGGGUACACGCCAGACCCGCACCUGUUCCCGUAUGUGAACGACACGUUUGACUUCAUGCACACCGUUGGCCUGCACACGGCCGGCAACCUCCACGAUGAUGACGGUGUGCACAACACCGAGGAGCGCUUCGUUCCGCUCUGCAAGGCGCUUGGCCUUGACCCCAUGAAGACGCCGCAGGUCAACUUUAGCGCCGUGGACAAGGAUUACGUGUACAGCGUUGAGGACAUUGUGCUGCAGCCGUUGCCGUUUGACUUUUGGUGGAUCGACUGGCAGCAGGGCGGCACGCAGGGCGGGUGCGCGGGCGGCAAGCAGAAUCCCACCAUCUGGACCGACAAGAUCCGGGUGACGACACCCAAGCGCCAGGGCCGCACUGACCGCGGCUUGGUGCUCGCACGCUGGGGCGGGCUCGGCACACACCGGUACCAGGUUGGGUUCAGUGGUGACGUUCUUGCCCUGACGUGGGGCAACCUCGCCUACCAGCCCUAUUUCUCCCUCACGUCUUCAAAUGUCGGCUACGGAUUCUGGUCACACGACACCGAAGAUGUGAUGUUGUUCGUGGUUAUUGUGGUUGUUGCUGUUGUGAUGAUGAUCCCUGGCAUUCCCGUGACUGCCGGCGACACGAUUGGUGUUGCGCAGCGGCAGUUUACGUCCCUCGUCCUCACCAUCUACCCCGGCGCAAGCUCCGGGCAGACUCGGGUGUAUGAGGAUGAUGGUGCAUCGACUGCAUAUCUCAAUGGAAAGUACGUGUGGACGACAGUUGCGUACACACGCACGAGCACGGGCAUCAACAUCACCAUCAGCAGCGAAGGCGGCUACAACACGUUCCCAUCCAAGCGCGCGUAUGUGAUUCGUCUGGUGAACACCAAUCCGCCACGCACGGCAGCCGUCAACGGGGAGCGCCUCGCCUCGUCCAGGUUUGGCGGAUCAGCCACGCAUUCGUUUGAUGGCAACGAGAUGACGGCUAUCAUUGAGACGGCCGACGUGUCCACUGCAGGCAAAACAACAAUCACCGUCACCCACGACGAAGUUGACGAGUCGUUCAUGUCUGGUCUCUCUGGGAUGAUCAAACACGCGACGCUCAGCAAGCGCAACCUCGAUGAGGCCCGAGCAACGCCCGGCGCACACACACCCGUCGGCGGCAACCUGAUGUCGCUGUCCUCUGCUGGGGAAGCGCUUUCAUAUCUCGCGCACGCGCAGCCGGACGCCGUGCAGUGGAAACUGAACUCCGUGCCCACACUCUACAAGGCCGCUCUAGCCGAGCUCAUCAACGGCUCCAAGACGGACCCUGCGCCCACGCCCGAUCAGACGCUUGUGCAGAUGUUUUAUGGCAGCGAGAACGACCACGUGUUGUGCGGCACCCUCAACUGUCUCACAGAGAACGCAUACUACUCCAAGGUUGGCGUUGAAGGGUACAUGCCCACGUCCCAAACGCCGUUCACAACGCCGCUGUUUGUCUAUUGGAACAACCAGCAGUCUCCACAGAAGGACAACCUCGUCACCACGAGCACCAACCCACCCACCGGGUACGUGCUCGGCGACUACCAGAACAACGGGCAGGUGUUUACACGCAAGGACGCGGCACCUGGCCUCAUUCCGUUGCAGCUGUGGUACAAGGCGAGCAUCAACGACCACAUGACCCUCGCAUCGAAAGCGAGCGAGCAGUACGCCAAGGACAACGGCUACGAGCUUGUGAACGGCGAGCUUGGGUACAUCUACGAAAGUGACCCGUACCAGCAGCAAUCGCAGCAGCAAUCGCAGCACAGGUCGACGUGGCAGCAGUUGGCGGAUGCGCGCACAGAUUACAGCAUUGCGCUGCUCAAGAACGCCGUCGUCAACUAGCUCUGGCCACUGAUGCACUGUACUGACUUCUGCCACCUUCCAGAAUGUGUUGUUGUUUUGUUUGGUUUUGGUUCCCCUUUGGUGCUUUGUUUCUCAUUGUUCUGUUUUCUUCGUUUGUGUGUUCUGUGUGUGUGUGUGAAACCACCAUCUCGUCUCUUCGCGAAGAACAACAGUCACACACCAGCACCAACUUCAACAACAAGCAACCAAGACAGGACGACAAACCACAACAAACCACCACAACAAACAACAACAGACAAUCAUUUCAAUGCACAACCAACCAAAGCACCUGAAACGAAAAGGGACGCG